AUGGCGGAGCGACUUGAAAGACUAAUCAGAAAACGGAGAGCUGUACGCGCUUCCACAACGAGACUUUUACAAGACAUCGAAACAGAGGUAGACAAAGAAGAUCCAGUCAUUGAACGAUUACGUGAACUGUUAGCCCUGUUAUCUGAAAAGGGGGAAACGCUGCUGGAGUUGGAUGUUGGAAUCGAGGAAGGGACGGACACCGAUGAUUUGGAGAAUGAAAUCGCUGAUGUUGAGGAUUAUAAAGAGCGAGUCAUAACCGCGAAAUCACGCGCGCACCGAGUGAUACAGAGAAACCGGGAAAGUAGCAGACCGAGCAGCACAGAACCCUCGCUGCACAGACAAACAGUUAAGUUGCCCAAGUUGAUUAUAAACAAGUUUAACGGUGAAAUUAGUCAGUGGCAAGACUUUUGGAAUCAGUUUGAAACCGCUAUUCACAAGAACGAUGCGCUGAGCAAAACAGAGAAGUUCAAUUAUUUAAAGACGUACCUAACCGGCGCUGCUUCAAAGGCAAUAGCGGGACUGAUGUUAACAGACAGUAAUUAUGAUCACGCGAUCGAGCUGCUGCAGAAUCGGUUCGGAAGAAAAGACCUGCUUGUUAACGCUCAUAUGACCAAACUGCUGAAUCUCUGCCCAGUAAAGAAAUCAAACGAUGUCACUGCUUUGAGACAACUUUAUGAUGAAUGUGAAGUACAUAUCCGCAGCUUAGAAUCGCUGGGUGUCGCAUCAGAGGCUUAUGGCAGCUUGUUGUGCCCUGUUCUGCUACAGAUGAUUCCAGAUGACAUUACUCUCCAGUACAGUCGACAGAGAGGAGCCAGCGAUGAAUGGAAAGUCUCAGAAGUUAUGGAAUUCCUGCAGAAAGAGAUUCUGAGCAGAGAAAGAACCAUGCAGCUGAUUAAGCCAAGUAAUUCAAGAGACAGUCAAAGUUAUCAGAAACCAGUUAAAAGACAAGACACAUCAUUUGAAAUGAAGCACAGAAAACACAACAUGCCAUCAGCUGCAGUGCUGCAAACCACCAGUCAAAGAAUACAGAACUGCCUUUUCUGUGAUAGUGCAGCACACAAAACAGAACUGUGUCCCGAAACUGAUAUUGCUGCACGAAAGGACAAACUGAUGAAGAUGGGAAGAUGCUUUGUGUGUCUUGGGCCAAAGCACAUCGCAAGAUUCUGUAAGACUAAAAUGUGCUGUAAUGUAUGUGGAAGCCGACACCACAGUGCUGUAUGUGAAAGAAGAGAGACACGCAAUUCUGACACUGAUGAUAACAAGGACAAUGUAGUUUCUUCUUUUGCUUCCCAUUCAGUAAAGAUACAGCCCGCUAAACAGAACAACACUGUGCUUCUGCAGACUGUAAGAGCAUGUGCAGAAGGACCUGGUGGAUGUAGAAAUAUUCGCUGCUUACUGGAUGGAGGCAGUCAGAGAAGCUUCAUCAGUGAAAACACAGUGAGAGCUUUAAAGUUACCUGUGAUCAAGCAAGAAACAGUCACUCUUCAUACUUUUGGCUCUACAGCACCAGUUACAGCAAAGCGCAACACAGUCAAAUUAACUCUGCAGAACAUCUGGAAAAAGGAGCAGAAAAUUGAAAUAGAAGCACUCGAGACACCCCAAGUGUGCACUGCCGUGAUGAAGAUCCCAGGUGAGCACAUCCAAGCGGAGCUGGAACGAAAAGGCUUGCAGUUAGCAGAUCAUACAGACGACGGCACUUAUGAUACAGAGUUGUCAAUGCUGAUUGGUGCCGAUUACUACUGGCGUAUAGUGUCAGGCCGAGUAGAAAGAAUUACAGAUGCACUUGUAGCCAUUGAGAGCAUCUUUGGAUGGUCAGUGCAAGGCCCAGUCAAAAUGUCCAGUGUUGCUGAUUCAGCCUGCAUGCAAGUACAAGUUACUGAAGACACACUGGUUUCAGAGCGCCUGAAAGCCUUCUGGGAAAUAGAGUCUCUCGGUAUCACCAUGAAGCAGACAGACAGUCCUGAGGAUGAGGAGGCUCUUCACAAGUUUGAAAAGACAACUCUGUACAAAGAUGGAAGAUAUGAAGUUGAACUGCCGUGGCGACCUGACAAGCCAGAACUUCCAGAUAACUACAGAAUAGCAAGGAAAAGAUUUGAAGGCCUUAAGAGAAAGUUGCAGUCAGAUGUAGUGAUGUGUCACCGAUAUAAUGAAGUUGUGAACGAUUACCUUGAGCAGGGCAUUGUCGAAGAUGCAGUGGAGGAGGAGUCAUCUCCGACCACUGUGAAAUACUAUAUGCCUCAUCAUGCUGUUCUCCGCGAAGACAAGGUAACAACAAAACUCAGAGUAGUGUUUGAUGCCUCAUCACAUGACACAGACUCUCCAUCACUUAAUGACUGUCUGCUUACUGGUCCUAACCUGAAUCCAGAUCUGCUCAGUAUAUUAAUCAAGUUCAGACUGCAUGCGAUUGCAUUUACAGCAGAUAUCAAAAAGGCUUUCUUGCAAAUUUCUCUUGCUGAGAAGGACCGAGAUGCUGUGCGAUUCCUCUGGCUUGAUGCACUGCCUCAUGAAGUCAGAGGUGAGAAGCUGCGUGUGCUACGGAUGACGAGGGUGGUGUUUGGAGUAUCUCCCAGCCCAUUUCUCCUCGCAGCUACAGUGAGAAAACAUUUGAAGAAAUAUGAAGCCCAACUUCCUGAGGUAGUAAAGAUAAUAAAGGAAUCACUUUAUGUCGAUGACUUUAUCUCAAGUGCAAGUGACGUAGAGAAUGCUUUCUCCAUAACUGCUAAUGCCAAACAGAUUAUGUCCACAGCUAGCAUGGACCUUUGCAAAUGGACAACGAACUGUCCAGAGUUGAAGGAGAAAUGGAAAAUGAUGAUGAAUGAGCUUGCGCCAGAGACAGAGACACCAGGAGCUGUACUGAAGGUGCUAGGCUUGGUGUGGAGGACUGAAAAGGAUGAUUUCGUCUUUGAUCUGACUGCAUUGCUGGACGCUGUAGCAAAAAGAGAGAACACCAAAAGGAGCGUUCUGAAACUCUCUGCUCGCAUAUUCGACCCAAUAGGCUUUCUGACUCCUUUCACUGUGCGGGUGAAAUGCCUUUUUCAAGAGAUGUGGAUACGAGGCCUUGGCUGGGAUGAGGAGCUGCCUACAGAUCUUGCAAAAGAAUGGCAAAGCUGGUGUUCAGAACUUCCACAGAUCCACCACAUAGUCAUUCCCCGCUGGUAUGGAAUAAAAUCUGAGCACAAGCAUGAUGCACAACAACUUCAUGUGUUCUGUGACGCAAGUGAGAAAGCUUACAGUACAGUUGCAUACUUGCUGCGAGAGGCGGAUGAUGGAACAAAGUCUACAUGCCUCGUUGCUUCAAAGUCCAGGGUAGCCCCGCUGAAAAAGAUGUCCCUGCCACGUCUUGAGUUGAUGGGAGCAGUCAUUGGAGCAAGACUAGGAAACAACUUGCUAAAGCCUCUGAAUAUGGAGCUACAACAGGUUCACCUUUGGACAGAUUCAAUGAUCGUACUACAGUGGAUUCGCAGUCCAGCUUACAGAUGGAAACAGUUUGUGUCAAACAGAGUAGCUGAAAUACAGUCUUUAACCAACCCGGCAAUGUGGUUUCACUGCAAAGGCAAGGCCAAUCCAGCAGAUCUCCCAACCAGAGGUCAGACCGUAGCUAAUCUGAAAGAAAGCGGACUGUGGUGGAAAGGACCCCCAUUUCUGACUACUCCAAAUCUGUCUGAGGAAAGUGAUGAAGAUCAGAGUGUUGAAGACGUGACUAAUGAGCUAAAACAAGUUCAGCAGAUCAGUGUGCAACUCAGCAGCAGCAGUGACCAAAGUGAAACAGAACCUGUGCUAGAUUUACCGAAGUACAGUAAACUGAAAAGGGUAUUGCGGGUUACUGCUUGGAUUAAGAGGUUCGUGCACAACACAAGUUCAAACUCAAGGAGAAGAGGUGAGUUGACUGCUGAAGAAAUGUUUGAGGCUGAGAAGUACUGGACCAAAGUGACACAAGUUUGCAGUUUUAGUCAUGAGAUUAGUUUGAUGAAAGCUGGAAAAACCCUGAAUUCAGAUUCCAAAAUCAGAGAUCUGAAACCUUUCCUUGAUGCUGAUGAAUUGCUCUGUGUUGGAGGCAGAUUGCAACAGUCAGACUUCAGUUACAGAGAAAAACACCCAUGGAUUCUACCUAGCAAAGGCAGAUAUUGUGAGCUGCUGGUCCAGUACAACCAUGAAGUUACCAUGCAUUCUGGUCUAAGAGACACUCUUGUACAAAUAAGAAGUAGACACUGGAUUUUGCGAGGCAGACAACUCGUAAAGGGUAUCCUGUCAAAAUGUACUGUUUGCAAAAGAUUUAAAGCAAAACCCGCACAACAGGACACGGCUCCACUCCCACGAGACAGAAUAAUAGAGAGCCCUCCAUUCGCAGUGACUGGUAUAGACUUUGCAGGUCCACUGUAUGUGAAGAAUGAUCAUGUGCUAUGCAAGGCUUAUGUUGCUCUGUUCACAUGUGCAGUCACCAGAGCAGUGCAUUUGGAGCUUGUAUCAAGUCAGUCAACAGAAAGCUUCCUGUUAGCACUUAAGCGAUUUGUUUCUAGAAGAGGAUUGUGCAAGGUCAUUUAUUCAGACAAUGCCAAAACUUUCAAAAGAGCAAACCAAGACCUCAGUGAGCUGUGGCAUGCCAUCAAAGAUCCACAACUGCUGGAAUACUUCUCAGGGAAGGGCAUCAGCUGGCGCUUCAUCGUAGAGCGAGCGGCCUGGUGGGGUGGAUUUUGGGAAAGGCUAGUGAGGUCUGUAAAGACGUGCCUGAGAAAGGUGCUAGGAAGAGCAUCGCUCACCUUUGAAGAAAUGACUACACUCCUCACAGAAGUAGAAGCUACACUGAAUUCCAGACCCCUUACCUUUGUCCACAAUGAAGCUGACGAGCCACAGCCACUGACACCUGCUCACUUCCUGGUUGGUGAACGACUAACUUCACUGCCGCCAAAACCAUUUCCUGCAGACCAUGAUCAUACCACUGUGAGUAAGGAAGAGAUGACAAGGAGGUGGGGAUACAAAAACAGACUCAUGACUAAUCUGUGGAAUCGUUGGAGGAAAGACUAUCUGCUAGACUUGAAAUCUGCACAUUCUUGCAGCACACAGAAACCCACUGUGCUGAAAACAGGUGACAUUGUUCUCAUAGGAGAUGCCAACAUGCCAAGACAAACCUGGAAAUUAGGAAAAAUUGAAGAGCUGUUUCCAGGCAGAGAUGGCAAAGUUAGAUCCUGUGCUGUUCGCACAUCCACAGGAACUGUAUUAAGAAGACCCGUUCAGUUGCUUUAUGCAUUAGAGAUUUAAGUUGAUGAACAGUCGUUCAUCGGGGGGGAGGAUGUUGUAACUUAAAUUAGAUUAAUGAGAGUCAUAAAUGUUUAGUACAAUGUUUAAUUAAUUGUUUUCAAUAAUAAGAACAUUAACGAUAUAUAUAGUAAUUAAUUGGGCUGUUCCCCUUUAAGAAUUCAUUUGCCCAUAAUGCUAUUCAGAUUGAGAGCUCCCUAAGAAGGGAACUUAGUAUUUUAUAUGCUGCUAAAGAGAAUUCAUUCCCCUGUAAACUGCCUGAAACUACAGUAAACAAGUUCUUUGUUUUAAUUCAAGUCGUCAGAGUUCAUUAUUGCUUGUUAAGUGAAGAAGACAC